CUUACCGUUGACCACGAUGAGCAAGUCUCAAGACAGCUUCACCUUCACUGUUGGCAAGCUUGAUGCUGGCAUGGCUAUUUUGCUCGGGGAACGCGCACACCUUAUCGAGUUUCCCUCAAUAUUAUUGCCACCAGGAGCUUCGACAGGAUCCAUCGUCAAUAUAGCAGUGCAUCAGAAUCAUGCAGAGGAGAAACGUCGAGACGCGGAAUUUUGGGCUUUGCAGAAGGAGAUUGUAGAUGCGUUUGGCGUGGAGAUACCGACAACGCCCAAUCUUCAGUUACGAAACGUUACCCAAACCUCAGUGACGCUCGAAUGGCCUCCGUUACAGCUCGCCACAGCAAAGCUCCGUUCGUUGGACAUUUACCGAAAUGGUCAACGUCUAGCAUCGAUUCCAUCCCCAAUGACAAACACAUCUACGAAGCUCUCCGGUCUUGAGAUCAAUUCCGAGUACACCUUUCAGCUCAUCUUGCGCACCACAGCUGGCACCUACCCUUCCAAUGUCAUUCGCGUCAGGACCCAUACUAUGACCGAUACUUCUGGUAUCUCAGUCUGCUUCGGUAAUGUUGAGGACGAAGUGCUUUUGGAGAACGCAAAGACGGCAUUAAGUGAAAUGGGGGCGAAGUGGAGUGACAAGAUACAGAUCGACACGACCCAUUUCAUUUGCACCACUCCAGCAGCUACACCCAACGGUGCACAAGCAAACGGGAACGCGAGUGGGGCUCCUGGGGUAGAAUAUCAAAGAGCACUCCAACUCAGUAUUCCAGUAGCGACACCCGAUUGGAUUUUGGCUUGCCAUUCUGAGAAAAGGAUGGUCGCGAUUGCACAGUAUUAUCUCGGGGCUGAUCCACCUCCCAACGCCUCUACACAUACCUUCCGCCCACAGUCUAUGUCCGCUCGUACUCCAACCUCUCCAACUCAACCCAACCAAACUGAGUCUGCAUCGAAAUCCCACAGUCCGUCACGAGCAUCGAUGCCCCCGCCCGCACGAAACGCAUCUACCUCUCCAACAAACACCACAUUUGUCGGACAAUCACAAAGCCCUGGCUCGACCCCUCGUGCUAGUCAGAUCGACACCACCCGAGGACACACACUAACAGGUCAACCGAUCGCAGAAGAACUGGCCGAAACUCAAAUUGCUGAUGUUGAGGGAGAGGAAGUCGAUCUGACCUCCUCCGAAACAAUGGUAACUUCCACAGCCAAUAAAAGGAAAUCUAGAAGUGGAACGAUGAAUCGAGACUUCAAGUUCCCUUCGCCUACAACCUCGCCUGUGACUGUACAAAAUGAAGGUGUCCCGUCACCUUCGCCUUUGGGGAUUACGGAGGAGUCGAAACCGCCCUCGCCAGAUUCAAUAAAGAGAGCGAUUACUCCGUCAAGCAUCGAAGUGCCUCCCCCACCGCCAGUUGAGAAGGAAAGGAAUAAUGGACACGAGGAUUCGGAUGGUGAUGAUGACGAUCUUGGGCCUACUGUUGAUAUUCCCUUGAAUUGAAUACGGUUUAAACUUAUACCCUCAUAUUACUUAUUAAUCCCAGCUGCUCUCCAGUCAUUGUGUUUUGAAUGGA